AUGAGAGCCGAGAGAAAGCAGUCUGAUGAGCAGUCAGAAGUAAUUACUAAAAAAAUAAAAGCUCAUCGUAAAUCGUUAAGUAUCGUUGAAAAUACUAAUUCGUCACCAAUUUCAAAACGAAAACGCAGGCGGGAAAGUUUUGUUGAAGUCAAGACGAAGAUUCACGACAUGCUAUGGAAUACAAUAUAUCACCGUGGUCAUCGUUAUGAUGUUCGUGCUGCCGAUCGAGAGGCUGUUCAGGUGGAACAGAAGCUUAUGCAAUCUGACGGUGAAGCUACUGUUGCUAGUUUAACUGAUGGUACCAUUCGUCAACAAAACUUCAAUGUAACAAAAAUUCCAUCAAAGCAAAAAGCAAAAAGAGCAAAGAUUUCCUCCAACUAA